CCCAGCUUUGGGACGACGAGUGUCCUAAAAAGCGAACGAGCGGCGUUUGUUUCCCAGCCGAUUCCUUGCGACGAUUCCCCAUCUCUUCUCGGAGGCUUGAAGCACGCAGCUCGGCAGGAACCAGAGCAGGAGGCAUUUGAGCAAGACGUGCGAGGCCGAGAUGGAGACUCAAGUCUGGAACACCAGACCAGAAUACGUGCAGGCCUGGGUAGAAGAGGAGGAUGAUGACAGUGCCGCAGAGCCGGAAGAGCCGACCGUCCCACAGCGAGACGCGCCGGAGAGCCGCGGCGAGCAGCGAGGCUGGGACACGGCGCUCGAGGAGAGAGGGGACGACGGCCAAUCGAGCGAGCCUGAGGGUGACAACACCACCGCCACCAAGUUGCACUUCACAAAGGUCUCCGUGGUGGAGUCAUCGUCGUCACUUGAGCUGCACGGGGAGACUUGUGGCCCCGGCGAGGGGGAGUUGCGAUGGGGGAGCGGAAGGAGCUUGGGCAGCGAGGAGGACGAGAGCGGCGAGGAGCGAGCCCUGAUGGAGCUCGCCGAGGACCGCGACGGCGUGAAGGAGCGGCUCAGCGAGCGACUGGAAAAAGGGCUCGUGUCGCAUUCUCCACCACCUGGCUCUCAUGACCACAGAGAGAAGGUGCUGCCUGCGGAGCAUGUGGACAGUACAGGAAGCCCUGGCGCACCUGCCCAGCACGCUGCCCAGCACGCUGCCCAGCACGCUGCCCAGCACGCUGCCCAGUCCGCCCCUCUCCUGCGUGACGUCGCGCUUGGCACGGUGCAGCAUGAUCUGCUGCCGCGCACGUCGGAUGAGGGCCCGUCGGAUGGAGGCCCGUCGGGUGAGGGCCCCUCGUUUUCAGCCGACCCCGAGUCCGUCACCGACGCACGUGACGUUCUCUCCAAGACGCUGCUGCACAAAGGCCUGGCGGGGGACCAGGCCCCCGAGCCGUCUCCCUGCAGCUCCGACGAGGAGCCCGAGCCCGUGGUCCUCAAACCGCCGGCCGAGGACGACGAGAGCAAGUCCGCCGACGAGCCCGAGGCCGGCGACGGAGAUGGGAAGAAGGCCGAGGAGCCCCAGGCCUCGGUUCUCACGGACGGAGCCGCCGCCCAUGCCGCCGAUGAAGAAGAGGAGAAGUUGGACGCUAAGGCGGACACCAAAGCGGAUGCCAAGGCAGACGCCAAGGUGGAUGCCAAGGCGGACGCCAAGGCGGAUACCAAGGAGGACACAGAGGUGCCCGCGGAGGACGAAGACAUCCGGGAGACGAUAGACAGUGAGAAAGCGGAGAAGCCGUGUGGGCCCGCCGAGGAGGGAGAUGAGGAGCCCACGGGGCCCCUUGCUGAGCCUGACGACGACGACGACGAGGAGAAGGUGAAGGAGGACAAGAGCGCGGCGGACGAGGCAGAGGAGGGCGACGCGGAGAACGAAGAUGAAAGAGGAGGAGCCGGCGAGGUGGAUGUCCCGGAGACGCCAGACACCGGGACGGAAGAGCCGGAGGAUGGGCUCGACUUCUCAGCCGUGGUGCCGCUCACAGAGAGGCUCGACACCAGCGCUCACAAAGCCCGCGCGCAGCUCAUCGUCAAAGCCAAGCGGCAGAAACCCUCACGCGGGAAACUCCGCAAGACUGACAGCGAGGUGGCGGAGGAGGAGUUGGAGUCCACACCGUCCUCCCCGGCCACGCAGACCGUGGUGCCGGGAGCGGCCGAGACGUCGUCGCCCAGCCAGCCCACGGAGACGCCCAUCGAGGCGGCCAAGUCCACCUCCCUGGCCUCGCCCGUCAGCCCAGCGUCGGAUGCUCGUACUGGAGACGAGGACAAGGAUGCUGGCUUCUCCAGCCCGGGAGAAGGACCCGAGGACACGCCCACCAGCAAAUCCCGGCUCAAGUUUCUCGACAUUGGGGCCUCGCUGCGGCGAUCGGGCCGAGGGAGGAAGUCUGAGAAGGACCAGCGGGCGUCCACGCUGCCCAGAGAUGGAGGGGACGCGGAUGGCGGUGUGGCUGUGGGGCCAGACAUGGCUUCUUCGUCUUGCAUGCCCUUCCUCUUCACUCGCAAGGGCUCCUUCUCUUCCACCAGCUCUGCCGAGCCGGGCUCCGUGAACGCCAGCCCCGAGAAGCGCCGUGCCAGGGCCACUCUCUCCUGGCCCUCUGUUUUCAGCCGAACCUCGCUGGAGACGGCAUUCAGUGGGGAAUUCAGCCCCAGCAGCACGAGCUCGCUGGAAAUGCCCGGUCUGGUAGCAGAGUCCAGAGUCAGGGGCCGCUCACACACACUAACCCUUUCCUCUGAGGAGGGCUCCGAGGAAGCGCUGCAGUCGCCCGCGAAGCAGCAGCAGUGGGCGAACCGCACCGUGCCGGAGUGGACGCCUGAGCAGGUGUCCCAGUGGCUCGCGCAGCUCGGCAUGGAGCAGCACGUGGAGGCCUUCACGACGCAGGGCGUCGACGGAAAGCAGCUGCUGCAGCUCGACAGCACCAAGCUCAAGGCCCUGGGCGUGACGAACCUUGCGGAGCGCUCCAGCAUCAAGAAGAAGCUGAAGGAGAUUAGGACGGCGAUAGAGAAGGAGCGCAAGGCGCAGGAGAAGAUCGAGCGGCAGCGGGAGAAGCUUCGCAAGAAGGAGGAGCAGCUUAGGAAAUCUCAGAGAGCCAGCAAAGUCGGCGAGGAGUCGCCCGCCACUCAGUAACACUGCGUCAGUGCGGGGGGUGGGGGGAGUUGGGGGGGGGGGGAGGGCGAGUGCCGGGGUGCUGCUUCGGCCAGGCUGAGCAGCCGCGCGAUUGUGAUCGUGUUUGCCCGGGAAUCGACUAGACUCACCGGGUAGUAAAAAAAACACACACCCCGGCCUCAGUUGAGAAGCAGUUGCGUGCACAAAACAACAACAACAACACUACUGCGAGUGUGGGAGAGUCCUUUGCAUUGACACUCGUGUAAAGAAAAAGAUAAUAAUCGUAGGACAGUUAUACAAAAAUAAACCUCAGAACAACUGUAGGAGGCUCAAUUGAAUUCUACUCAGCUGUGACUCACCCAUUGCAAAGUGCUCCGGGCACUGUGACGGACAGCCGAUGCUAAAGAGUAGUUACCGUCCAUUGUGCAGUGGAGGAGCCCGAACGAACAUCAGCUUUACUGCAGUGAUCAGCAAGUAGGCAUUUCCCUUGCACCCAGACCAACCUUCGCAUCCUCUUCAGCAACUAGCCCGUGAUCCACUACCAAAGUCGAUGCCGUUGAAAGCGGGGGCGGGGGGGGGGUAUUAAAAAUCUGAAAUGCCGCGUACUGCUGGAGGCUUGAGAACGCAUCGUAGAGUUAGUGGUGAACACCAAGGCAUCUGGCGGCGGCAGGCAGUGAGGUGGCACGGCACAAAGGGUGCGCUGACCUGCACUGCCCCGUGUUGCCACCGUGAUGCACGGAGUGUUUGUAUACUGUUUUUUUAACUUAAAGCAUAUUUAGGUUAUGGUGUUAUUUCAAAUGGGGUAUUUCUCACAACAUUGUAAAUAUUUCUACUAAACACUAUAUGCAGUGUUUGCAUGUUUUACGUAUUCAUUAUGGCAGGUUCUCUUUAAUUCUAUAUAAUUUUUUUUGUUUAACAUUUUUACUUUUUGGUGGGUUUCUUUCAGAGGUGUGACGCUCUUUACGAGGCUUAGACGCGAACAUGAAUCUUAAAAAAAUUAUUGUGUCGGUUCAGAUUUAACGCAAUUACUUUACGUAAAGCCAGAACAUUAUACAGACUCCCCAAAGUAGAUGGGGGUGGGGGGGGAAGUGCUGCAUUCCAACUCUGCAUGCUGGACAGCACCGGUGGCACAAUCGACAGCGCUGGGGUCCUGACUCCCGAGCGCAGUCGCAGCGAGGACUCGUGCGUUUCUCAUGGAUUGGCACCCGGUUACACCUCGAUUGAUCACAUGCAUGGUGGUGGCGGGGUGGGGGGGUGUGGCGUUUUAACGAGACAGUAUCUUGGUGACUUGGCGAUCCUCAAACUCUGGCACCUCGUGCUACAGAACAAACCGACGUUGCCCAUUCCUGCCAGUUUUUUUGCCGCUCGGGGGCAAUUCGCCCUCUUGCUCAACAUCGCACGCUUGAAACGUUGGAUGCACGCGGACCGCGAUGGGACCCGAGGUGCUGAAGUUUGAAAAAGGUGUGAAGGUCUGGCUGUCUUCAGGAGGCUUAAAUGCUGAGGCCUUUGCCGUCACAGUGGCCUCACUCGCGCUCUUGUGAAAACCCUCUCCUUGUGUGGUCAUGUGAUCUGCCCCUUGGUGCAGUGAUGCAUGCAGGUGCCCAGCCCAUAAAUUAAUAAGUUUUUCCCAUUCGUCACUGAUGAUGACCUUGAACUUACUCCUUUGUUUUUCUUUCCAUUUAACACAACAGCGUAUUGGAAAAUAACAGGUCAAAUUGACAAUAAUAUUGAUAGAGGUUUUUAUGACUUGUUGAAAAUGAAGCUCAGUUUUUUGGCCAACUUUUGCCUUCUUUGACAAAUAACAUAAACAAAAAUGAUUCAUUAUCGAGCUCGUUAUUUUGGGGAGCCACAGUGGCGAGACGUUAUCUCCCUCGCCUGAUAUACAGGAGGUUGUGGGUUUAAUCCAGAUCCUGAUGCCUGCAUAUUUGGAGUUUGCAUUUUCUCCAUGUGGUCACGUGGAUUUUUCUUUGGGCUCAGUUUUUCCCUCCACAUUUCGAAACAUGCAUUUCGAUUAUUUGCCUGCUAUAAAUUUCCACAUGAUAAGCCACUUGUUUGAGGCAGCCAGGUCGCUUCUGAAAAAAAGCUGUAUAGCUCAGUGGGCCUUACCUGGUAAAAUAAAAACUAAAGUUUAAUAGUUUAGGUUAAGUACUAUUUCUGUGACUACUGACCUUUAUUUGACCUGUAACCCCUGGAAGCUUUUUUUCACAUUCCCGUGUGUUGUUCUUUGCGAACCCCAGUUAGUUGUUUUCUAAAUUUCCACAUGAUAAGCCACUUUGCUGAGCUAUCAUUUGUGGCAGGCAGGUAACUUAUGACAAAGAGCUAAUAGCUCAGUGGGCUUCACCUGGUAAAAUAAAAGUUUAUUUCCAGUUUCCCAGUCUACAUACGUCUCUUAUGGUGCAGUAGCAUGGGAUUACUUCAUUUAAGGAAAUAUCACUUCGAGAGAUGUACUUUCUCCCUCGAGAGGAGGCCCUGCUGUCCGCAGUGGUGUUAGAAAGCAAAUUUCAAGGCUGGAGCGUGAAUCUUUUUGCAGUCCUGUUCGUGUCUACAGACGUGGCAUGGCCAGCAUAACAGGUGAAAGUGCAUUUCCAAUGUAACAUUGACCUCCGAAAUACUACGAUGUAUAUGGAAUGUCAUUUUGGUAAUUGAUUUGGAAUAUUAAAUUUCUCAUUGCUUUUCAUGUUUAAAAAAUGUUCAGCGUAGCGUUUAUGGUAAUACCGCUACACUUUAGGUUUAUAUAAUGGUUUGGCUUUACGUACAUUUUUGUUGUAUAUUAUCUUUGUCAUUGAAACGAAGUGAAUUCUUCAGUCUUUUAUGGAACAUUCAGUUUAGAAUAUUUUAAAUGUUUUUAACAAAUUAUAUAUGAAUACAUUAUAUACCAGCAGGCAGGAGUGCCCACCAACUUUAUAAAAAUUACAGAAACCUUCGCAAAGAGAGUGGGAAGAUGACAAUUUGAUUUUCACAUCAUUAUUACUCCCCUUUGAAGUCACCGCUUUAGUCUGACACAAAUGUAACGUGGCAUUACUCACGUGCAGACAACUGAGUCAAACAAUAAGGGGGCUGGAAGAAAAGAAAAAACCUCACUACAGUAAUAUCCUGUCAAAUUAAGACAUGUCAAAAAAUAAUACUAUACUCUUAACACUGCAUCUGCAUAUUGUUUGUAAUAGUGGUGGUGCUUACACCUGAGGGUAAUUUUUUUUAAAAUACUGACUUGACUUGAAAUGUCCCCAUCACAAUUGACCAUUUCACCUUUACAAUUUUCCUGUCACCCAUUACAGUGUAAGCGCCGUGCAGCGUGUACACGUGUCCCUUCCGUAUUCGUCAAACGUUCGUUACGCACGACAUGCAAUCUUUCACUAGCUUGUGCCGUCGCUGCUCCCCAAUAACGUCUGGCUUUUAUUUUUUAAUGUGGCUUUUGCAGGAUUGCGCGAUGCGUGGACUAAUAUCGUGGUGUCCAGUGACGUCGGCGCGACCUUUUGAGACAUUUUAAAACAUCUCCAAAAACAUCUCGCUUUUAUUUUUAAAACUUGUUAUAAACCGCCAUCGACGGUACACGUGCGACGCAAUCUCCUCUGCCGCUGGAAACGAAGUCGAUUUUUUUUCCAUCUCCUCACGUUGCACCAAUUCUCUACAGUAGAAAUCGGCAGCGACCAGUGCCGCGUUCAGACCAGACAUUUUUAAGUUGCAGCCUUGGGGGGGGCGGGGGUGGUGGUGGGUCGGGUCCAAUUUUAAGAGAGUACAUCCCGUGUCGGACAAUUAGCAGAUCCGACAAAAUCUCCAGUAAAAUGUGGAGAAGGGACUUCCUCCACGAGAGCGCGCGGCAUGCCCUCGCUGCCCACGUCACCAAGAACACGGCCGGGUGAAACAAAUAUCUCCGCAAGCGAAACGUGCACAUAUUGAACACUGUCAUUUGAUACGGUAAAUUUAACACGAUGUAGAAAUGCGUAAACGUACAUCGGUGACUUUCGAUAAGGGCCGGAAUUUGAAUUACAGCAACAACAAAUAAGACUUAUCUUAAAUAUCAUUUUGACAAAACUCCGGCUGGCUAAAAUGUUACAGAAAAUAAAUUUGGCAUUGACGACACACGCGCGCGCCUUCAUGGCUUGUCAAUAGUCAAGGCUGGAGGUAUGUUUAGCUUUGUUGACAUACAGAGAGAAAGAGGAUGGCCUGCCAGGUGUGGUUUCUCUAUCUUUGUGACAGAUUUAAAAUGGUUAUGUAACAAGGGAUGAAAUGGCACCCCCCCCCCCCCCCCACAAGACCACCAAUGCAAUAAAUAGCCCAUUGAGUUCCAAAAUGUAAUUGGCAGCCUGCAUUUUAGAAGUGCGCACUUAAGUGGCAGUUGAAAAGGUUUGCUUUAUUUGUGAACGUACGCACCCGCCUCUGUUGUCUGAAAUUACCUAAAGGUUUGGCCGUGCAAACAAAUGCAGGUGCAGGAAAUGAGCAUUCAUUUGGCUCCAUUUAACACUUCACUAGUAAACUUAAUUUUCAGCAGCUCAGUUUAAUAGAGACCAGAACGCAAAUACACUUUGUUUAUUUCAAUGCAAUUACUGAACUAUGUUUCUCUACGCUCAAGCAUUAGGCACAGCCAUCUUUUUCUAACGAGUCCAACACAUCACAAUUGGGUGAUCAAUGUUAAUGUGGGGUUUUUUUUCUCUUCCCUUAAAAGAAAGUUUUUUUUUCAUUCGAAGCAAUGCCAUAUGUCUAAAAGAAUACUUGUUUAGCAUGCGGUGACGGCAAGUUAACCAAGGGUGUCGGCAUAAAGUGCAGUGCAGCAGAGUUUGAAGUUGACUUCGACGCCGUUUACAGGACAACGUAACGUACCCGUUACGUUUGUCCCACGUCUGAAAGCCAACCUCUCUGUACUAUGCUUGCGUAUAAACAAAGCCGUUUUUACCACAUGGUUUACAUUUGGUAUGAUGAUGAUUGCAGUCUGUGCCUGCAUAUCUCAGACUGGUGGGGCUCAUGGACAAUGAAAGCAAACAGAGAAUGCACAAAAAAAAUGUUAAGAGGUUUCACUGCACACUCUUUAGCUUGUGUGUAAAUGCAUGGGAAAUGUUUGCUUUACAAAAUGCCUGGUGAAAAGAAUGUCUACUUUUGUGUGACCCUGGUGUACAGGGUGGUCGAGAUGUCUUGUGACCCCCCCCCCCCCCCCCCACUUAAUCGACCUCAAAAAUGUUUUCCCUUUUGAUAUAUUCAUCUAUGUUUUAAAUAAACCUUACUUUAAAAUAUUAAGUUUUAGAGAUUUAAAUGGGGGUCACAAGACAUCUGGACCGCCCUGAACAGCAUUGCCUUUAUGAAAUGUGCCCGUUUCCCCCCCAUGGAGCUACUGCCAUCAGCCUUUAAUGUAUACGUUGUACAUUCCAUGAAGGUUCUAAUAAACAUGCUCGCGAGUGUUUGAGGUCCGCAGGAUAAUAGUGAGAAUGCUUUCCUUUAAUUAAAACCUCGCUCCUUGCGCGUGUAGUGCAUGUCAAAUAUGUAAUGAUUAGAACAAGUGGCAGCGGGCAAAGUAUGCCAGAAUAAAACUACUACUGAACUGUAACGUUUUUUUCCCCACCGGCUAUGCAAUGAGGAGGUUAAUACAGCUAUAACACCACUAAAAUAAAAUGUGACGAUUUUGGGGGUGGGGGGGGAAUGUGAUAUUUACUGUUAAAAAGAGAAAUGUAUAACCCGAUGAACACGAACAAUGGAACUGCAAGUCUCUAGCCAUUGCGCUCUUGCUACGAUUGUGCGAUUAAUCACCCAGUCCCCGAUCCCUUAAACUGGAGUAAUUUGACCCUGUUUGCAAGCGUCGAUAACAUGUGCCUAGGAAGAACAUAUAAGCUCGUGUCUAAAAGCUCCUCCACUGUCGUACGAUAAAAAAACAUGUUUUUUUAUUCUUUACCGUUUCUGGACAGUACGUUGAGUUGAGUAUAAUAAUUGCUGUGUUAAUGGGUAUUGCUGAAUUGUCUUUCAGAGUGGAUGGUUGACUUUGGGAGAUUACAAAUGCCCUCCUUGUGCGUUAUUCAGCAGCAACAGCGAGGAGUAUUGGUUAAAAAAUUAACCCGUAAAAACAAAGUUUUUCACUAUAAAUCCUUUAUAUGCGUGGCGGCUAGAGUCCUCUCGUGCUCUGGCUUGAGAUGGCUGCCACCUAUGGGUCAGAUGAUUGCUUGCCACCAUUAAGCAAUUGGUAAUUACAUAUAAUUUUUUUUUUCCUAAAAAGUGUAAAAUUUUGGAAAAAGAAAUUUCACGAAAAUUAAUUGUCACGCACAACGAGUCUGUGUGCAAAAUGUCAGCUCGAUUGGAUCACGGGAAGUGGGUAAAAAAACGACCGAAAGAUUUGCACGGUCGUAAGCGCGCAAGCAAGCAAGGGAACUUAAUAUAAAGGAUUUAAAAAAUGUUUAGCACACUGGUGGAGGGAGAAGAUAGGCGGCUUGCGACAAGCUUUUGCUUGUCAGUUCUGUAAUGUAACCUACAAAGUAAAUGGCUGCUGGUGUGCAGUCGUUAGUGUAGGCUGCACUACAAAUGCGGUGCAAUUGUUUAGCAAAUAUUGCCAUUUUAUACGCACCUUGAAUGUUGGCGAGGAUUUCCCCCCCCCCCACUCUCCUUUUAAGAAAAAGAACAGGAUGUUUUGCCCGUGGUUUUAUUCCUAGCGGCGAAAGACGCUCACCGAGCAUUGGAUUCGCAAGUCACACACGUAGCACAUCCUGAAACUGAGUUUUAUUUUGUAAAGAAUUGCCAACUUUGUCAACGCCGCACAUUCCUCACACGAGUACUGCACCAAUUUUGCGGUCAUUACGUUUUUUGCCAAUAUGUUUCAGAUGUCAUGUUUAUAGAAAAAAAACUAAUUUUAACGGAACAUUCUACAAAUUUUUUAAGUCGAUUUAUUUCCACGGACAACUACUCUAAAGCAUGUUGAUCAUUUUAAUUUAACGGUGCCUUGUACCAGAGCAACUAUUUUUAAUGUUUUGAUUAAAGGGAUGCCGCUUCAUGGGGCCUAGCUGAAGAUUAUAUGCUCAAAUGGUAGCAAGGGGCGAGUUGUUUUGGUAAAGUUCUUCACUUUAUAACUUCUGAGUCGGUUCUCUUUGUUUGAUGGACGUCAUAAAGGCCAUUCUAUCAAUUCCAGGUGGAGAGGUAGAAUCCAUAUGUUUGCUCAAGUUUCGUGGGGUCGUAUGUUAAAAGUGGUGUCUGUGCGACUGCAUCGGUCUGUUUGCUCUGCUCUCCAAACUUUUUACAUAUAUUCCACGUGAAAGAGCGCAUGUGUGCAAUCGUAUGUGCAAGCUCAUACUGGGGUUUUGGCAAACAUUUAUUUUGAAAACUUGUUAUUGUUUUUCCAAGGCCAAUCUUCAACGCUUGGAGACAAACGCUUUUGUGAUGUGCUGGAUGGCCUUUCAGUUUGGCCUUGCUUACCAAUAUAUUCACGUGUGAGUUAUUUACUGACAUGACCGUUACGGUGGUCUCUCAUACUACCAAAAACACUCGCCUUCAUCUACCUGAUGUAUACAACUCUUCCGAGUCUCCGUAGAUUAAUGUCGACUUCAGGUGUUCGGUUUAAUUUUGUUCGGGGAUUUUUUUUUACACUUUUCCGCUAGCAAGCGGGUUGCUGCGUCCGUGUAAAACGAGGUGUAAGGAGUGUAACACGAUUAUGCUGCUUUUUUUUGUUGUUGUUGCAAAAUUUACUGCAAUAAAGCAUUUGUUGCAUCGAU